GAGAAAAAGAUUUAUAUCUUUACUGGUUGGUUGAGAUUGUGACCUUCUCUUGAGAGAAUGACUGUAAUGAAUCUGUGAGAAUCAUGGAAACGCCCAAAACCUCAGCAAAACGAACUUCUGCAGAGUUGGAGCAGCUAGCGCCUGGCUUUCGAAUCGGCAAGGAUGAUGAAGGAAUUCGCCAUUGCAGUAAUCGGUUAGUAGAACAGGCUUGAUCUCGUUCAUGUCUGUUAUUGUGGAUAUUUAUAGUCGUAGCUUGAGCCGGUUACUUUGGGGAUCUGAUUAGGUCGAUUGAAUCCUGCAGAGUGGGUUAAUUACGUAGAACCUGUGAGAGAAUUAUGAAUCAAUUCGCCGUUACGGAUAAGAAAUCGAAAACUUCUGCGUCGUUCAAAGUUCAUGGAUCAGAGAAGUCUCUCUAAAACAAAGCGAGGAAGAAACAUUUAUUCCUUACUGGGCUCGAAAUGUUUAAAGCCCAAACGAGAAUUAUUACAAAACCACACAGCCCAAUCGAAACAAAUAAACAGAUACGCAGCUAAUAUAGCUAAUGUAUGAAUGACACGUGUCAUCAUUUGCCCCAAGGAGGGAUAAAAGUCUACAGAUUAGUAAUUACCGGUUUGUUUGAUAAUAUUUUCAUUUUGAUGUUACGCUGAAAAUUAUAUAAUUUUUAGGAUAAUAGUAGUGGUAUAAUUUCAUGGAUGUUAUCAAUAUAAAAAAUUCCUUCAAGCAAUUUUCAUAAUUAAACAAUUUUUUUAAAUUAGUAAGUCUGGUCUUUGUAAAUCCAAUUUUGGCUAACUCAUGUUCUCUAGUAAGAAAUAUAAACUUCUUGGAAAAUUACGAGAGACUGAAGAAAUAUUAGGGGUAUGUUCGCAAUAAACAAAACCCGGGUUAAACGCAACGGUAUGCGAGGCGAGAACCAAAGAUUAACACAUUUGUCAAAAAUCAAACAUCAAGAAAGCAAGCAAGCAAGCAAGGAAGGAAAGAAAGGAAAGAAAGAGGCUUAAGAGAAACGGUGCAGAAGCUCCUAGCCAUUUUCACUUUCCGGCACUAGGGUUUGCUCAUCCGCGCUCUGCUUCACUUUCAAUCGAGUGAUGAGUGGUGUUCGGAAGAGAUCUCACGAAGAGGAUGGUGUGACUCAUCCAUCUUCUUCAUCAUCAGCCAAAUACCCCCACGAGGAUUCUGGAUCUUCUUCUUACCCUAAAUCCACUCAUCCCCCUCCUGUUACUACUCCUCCACCACCGGCUCAGGUUCACCACCACCACCAUCAACAACAACAACCUCAAUCUCAUCCUCACCUUCACACGGUUCGUCCCCACCCACCUGCUGCUGUUUCUGAAUCAAGAACCGUCAAGGGUCCGAGAAGUGAGCGUAGAGAUGGAGGAGAGAGACGCUCUCCUUUUCACGGCGUGUAUUGGUCUCCGUCCCUCCCAGCGACGGGUUCUUCUGAGAGCAGAGAUAACAUGAGUGAUGGGAGAGAGAUACAUGGUCCAAAGGGCGAGAGGGAUGCUAAGUUCGAGAGAUCAGGGGAUGACAGCGGAAUAGGUAAUACCGGAGGCUAUUCUACGAAUGAUGGGAGAGGGAUAUACGGUGAGACGAAGAGGGAGAUUCAAGGUCCUAAGAGUGACAGGGACGCUAAGCCUGAGCGUGUAGGGGAUGAUUUUAAGAUGGAAAAGGAAGGGCAUGCUCACUUGCCUCGGAAGGAGCAGAAGGAUUGCCAUAGAGGGAAGAGAGUUGAAAGCUCAAGCGCCAAUGUGGAACCGUGGGUUGUAUCACGUGUCAAUCCUCGAGGAUCAACGGAGGUUGGGGCAAAAGAUCUCUCAGCGCCUGUGGAGGGAGGAGCACAUUUAGAAGUUAUGUACCCAUGGAUGUGCAAACCUUCUUUGUAUGAAAGGUUUGACAAACGGCAAGUAUGUGUUGAGAUGGUUUGCCCCUGUGCUCUUGUGGGAAAUGUAGAUGAUCUCCUUGAGAAGCUCAAGAAGAAGAACAGAGAAGCGGAUCUCAGAGUCUAUGAGCAUAGAGGGUUUUCUAGCAUUUUCAUUUCAGCUGUGGAGCAAUUUUCUCAAACAUACGCACCAACAUUCUACGCUGCUCUGGAUCUUCUCCCUCUUUGCUCUACAUAUGAUCAAGCAGGAUGCAGGACUGUUAUCUUUGUUAUCACUUCAAGACAACAGAAGCUCAUCUCAGCAGGUCUUCUUGAUUUCUGGAGGAAAACUUACUCAUGCUCCGUUCACUGCUUCGAGAAAAGAAGAGGGGUGCAUCAUCUUGUGUUUACUGGCACAGAGGAAGAAAGUAGAACGCUGUUUUGCAGGAUUUUAUCUCUCUUCAGAAAAGAUGUAUUUUGGAGAGGUCACUCCCACGCUGUGGACUUUAGAACCAUUGAAGUUGAACAAAGCUACAUUGGACCAAGGAUGAGUGGGGAUACAAUUAAUCUUGAUUUUGUUAAAGCAUUGAUUGAAGGAUUCAAGAAGCAGCUACCUUUACAUAUAAGGUACGUAAAUCAGAUUCUCUUGCAAACCACUCACAUUCUGGAGUCUCUGCCGACGCUUGUAGAUAUUCACGUAGACGAUGGGAAGUGUGUUAUGGUGUGCGGAGAUAUCCACGGGCAGUUCUACGACCUGUGUAAUAUUUUUGAUAAAGAAGGUUUUCCCUGUCAAGAGAAGCAAUACUUGUUCAACGGCGACUUCGUUGACAGGGGUUCCUUUUCAGUAGAAACCAUUCUCACCCUGUUUGCACUCAAGUGCGCAUGUCCUUUAUGGAUACACCUGGCGAGAGGUAACCAUGAAAGUAGGAGUUUAAACGAGGUUCAUGGGUUUGAGAAGGAGGUGAUGUCAAAGCUAAAUGAGAGCGUGAUGGAUAUGAUCAGUGAUGCGUUCUGCUGUCUUCCUCUAGCGCACGUUCUCAACGGAAAAAUCAUUGUUCUUCAUGGCGGGCUUUUUAGCCGAGAUGGGGUCACACUCACUGAUAUCAAGUCAAUUAACAGAUUUUGCCAGCCUCCUAAACGAGGACUUAUGAGGGACUUAUUGUGGAGUGAUCCACAAGAUUCCCCUGGAAGAAGCAGGAGCACCAGAGGAGAAGGCAUUAUUUGUUUUGGGAGAGAUGUCACAGAGUCAUUUUUGAGAGACAACAAUCUAGAUCUUUUGGUCAGAUCACACGAGCUUAAGUAUAAAGGAUAUGAAAUUACUCAUAAUGGUAAACUCAUCACUGUGUUCUCAGCACCUAACUACUGCGACAGGGAGAAUAACAAAGGAGCCUUCAUCGUUUUCAAAGCUCCACAAAUGGAGCCAGAUAUUCAGACGUUCUCAGCUGUGCGACACCCGUACCGGAUGUGGAGCCAAUGGCCUAUUGCAGACUGAGAGAUUUUGUUUUUGGUACCUGCUGACUGCUGGUUUGGAUCGAAGAUUAGUUAGCAGUUGCUGUCAAUGACUCAUAGACCUUCCCUCAUAGCUGGAACGUUCUUUUUUUUUUUUUUUUGGAACAUCAACAUUCAUUACUCAUAAAAAGUUAGGUAACAGAGUUUAAGGCCAAAGCCUGAGAAGCAGAUAACAUCUGUUUGGCUACCAAAUCAGCCUCUCUAUUCUUCUCCCUAGGAAUCCAGUGGAAAGAAAUAACAUCAAAAGACAGAGCUAAGCUCCUGAUAUCAGCAACCACACCAUAUAUCUCCAUGUUCUUAUUGUUGUUUUUUUUCUCUUGAUUGUUCUACUCAGAUGGUCUGACUUUUCCUCUUGAUGAGCUUUAAUUGUGUCUUUUCCUCUUGAUGAGCUUUAAUUGUCUUUUAGAGGGAGAAGGAAACACAUGGCUUGUGCAUAUAUAUAUAUAUAUAUAUUUACCUAUGAGCUCAGAAUUUAAAACAUUUUUAGCAUAUUAAACGUAAGUAUCAAAUUCAAACGAUAUGAAAACAUAUAUUUUCAUGGUUUAUUGUGUCUAGUCCAAACGUAAAUGCCAAUAUUUCAGAAAAAUAUAUAUUUAAAAAAAAAAAUUUACAAGCAAA